UGGUUCGCUCCUCGUGCCGCUGGAAUUGAGAAUCGACACCAACAAAACGACUCAUCCACUCCCUCCCUACACCGUCCGUCCGCUCGUCGCCACAGCAGCGGCAGCAGCAGCAGCACCAUCCAGGCACGUCGCCUGGUGCGAGAUACAGCACAGUGCUCGUCGGGUGGGGGAGAUCAGCGGUUCGAUCAGUGCAGUGCUCUCGGUAGCGACCGUUUCACAGCCGUACUCCGACGUUCCAAAUUAUUCAUCAUCCCGCGCGUGAGAUUUUUUUUUGGGGAGGGGGGGGGGAGCUAGACAGGCGAGCGAGUGAGCGAGCGAGCGGGCGAGUUGGUGAGAGAAAGCGAACGAACGGGCUUGGAGGGCUGCGCCGUCAGCGCUGGUAUAGAUAGGAUAGCGGCGAACGAGGCGAGCGAAUUAAGCGAGAGAUGGCGCUGGAAUAGCGACGAGCAAGGAGCAUCGCGCACGAUUCAAGCUCCGUUCGCUGUUGAGACUUGGCGUAAAUAGGUGAAGGCGCGCUACGCAGAGGCACGUCGGAGCAGUGGCGUGUGAGUGGGGCAGAGCGCGCACUCACUCACGCAGACUCACUCACUCAAGCACAGGAGGGGUAAGGAGGCGCAGCACACGCACGCACAGGCGCAGAGGGGGUGUGAGAAGAGCUGCGCUGGUGCUGAGGAGAGUUAUGCGCAAGAGUGGCUCGGGAUGAUGGGCAGGAUGCGGCUCCUACUCCUGUGCAGCAGCCUCUGCGCCGUGGCGUUCCCGCACGUGGAAAGCCAGAAAAACAACAACAAGGGCCACGUACGUGCGUGGGCCAACCGCAAUGGCACACUCGUCGAGGGAGAAGAGCUGCAGCUGAGCUGCCACGUGGACCACACGGACGGCUCGCCCAUCCAGUGGUCCAACCCGGCGCAGCAAACCCUCUUCUUUGAGAACAAGAAAGCCCUGAAGGACGUGCGCAUCGAGCUGGUGCGGCACACGCACCGCGAGCUGCACAUCUCCGUCUCCAACGUGACGCUGUCGGACGAGGGCGACUACACGUGCGCGCUCUUCACUCGGCCAAUCCGCCUCGCCUCCACCUACGUCACGAUCCUCGUGCCCCCGAAGCAGCCGGUGAUGUCGAGCAUCCAGGGGCCGAUCGAGCAGGGCGACCGGGUCCGCCUGACAUGCCGGACGCGAGGCAGUAAGCCCGUGGCGAACAUCCGAUGGUUUCGUGGAAACAAAGAGAUCGAAGCGGGCGAAACGACGUGGGAGGUGGAGGAGAACGGCCGCACGAGUUCGCUCGUGAGCCACGUGGAGUUUUUGGCCGCCCCCGAGGACGACGGGGCGCCCGUCACGUGCCAGGUGGAGCACCCCGCCCUGCGGGGCGGCCCGCCCCUCCGCUCGCACCGCUCCCUCGAAGUUCUGUACAAACCCAUCAUCAACAUCAUCGCUUCCAGCAGAAGCGUCCGCGAGGGAGACAAACUGGAGUUGAUCUGCAACGCCACAAGCAAGCCCAGCCCCGAGCGGGUGCAGUGGGUGCGCGUCGACGGCGAGAUGCCCGAGCGCGCCAACGUAUCGGGCACCAAGCUGCUGUUGGCGGCGCUCAACAAGACGGACAACGGCACGUACCGCUGCGAGGCGAGCAACCGCGUGGGCUCCUCCACCGACGAGUACACCCUCGUCGUGCAAGAUCACCCCAAUACAAUCCAUCCCACCGCCAGCUUCCCUGCAGCAAAGCCGACACGUGCAGAUAUGGUGCCACUGGCGGCGCGCGGGGCGGAUCACGCGGUGGUGGGCGGCGUCGUGGCGGUGGCGGUGUUCGCCACUCUCUGCCUGCUCGUCAUCCUGGGACGCUACCUGGCCAGGCAUAAAGGAACGUACCUGACCAACGAGGCGAAAGGCGCCGAGGGGACUCAAGAGGCGGACACUCCAAUCGUGGGAGCGGACGGCGUGCAGAACAACACGGAGGAGAAGAAGGAGUACUUCAUUUGACCUUGCGGGAAAGAAAAAAAAUUGCGUAAAUAAAGCCACAACAGAGGGCGCUGAAAAUUCAUGCCAAGGCCCCCCCGGAAGAAGGGGUUGGUGCCGGUGUUGCGAGCGUCCGCUGUUUAGGAUGAGCGUGGUCAUUAAUUUUCAGUUGCCCCCGUUAAAUCUGAAGGAGCCACAAGUAUACGUGCCCGCGUUAUUUUAACACCGUUUGGAGUGGCAUUACCAUUGGGAUACAUCCUCACCCGUCGCGGCUCUGAGGGAAAUAUACAAUAAGUCUGAAAAUAUUUUUUUUGAAAUUCAUGACUGUGGUUAAACAAAAUAAAUGUGUGUUGCCGCAUAUUUUACAUUUCCUAAAAAAUGUACCCCCAAAAGUAGAUAAGUUCUCAUCACACCGUAAAGUUUGUUACUUGUAUAAAAUUAAUCACAUUGGCGUUCAAUGUGUGGCACGUGAAAUCCCCCCUCUGCACAACAUCUUGGGAACCCCUCCGGAUCUUGCGUUAGUAACUCUUGAUGCUCACACACGGGGGUAUAUUAUUCACACUCAUCCUCUUCAUCUAAAUGACUUUGCACAGGUAGAGCAUGCAAAUUAGCGAGAGGUGGACAUUAAUUUUGAAACGGGCAUCACCUAGGUACUGGGAAACUUGAAAAAACGUGUAAAAAGAAUCCUCUCCAAAGACAUGUCCUUUAAAGGACUGAUGUCAUUGCUCCAUAGAAUUGCAAAUCGACCUUGAGUCAUUAUGAAUCCAUUGGUUAAUUGUUCAACACAUUUUUUUGUGCACGUGCUGAUAAUUGGAUGUUGUAUAUUUGACUAAGCGGUUAAAUGUCUAAUCAUCGCGUUUAAUGGGCAAACGUUAGUUAAAAAUGAUGUUUAAUGAGGACAAACAAUUAAAACUUAAAAUUAGAGUCAAACGUUGCUCGUGUAAAUUUAUGCCCUGUGGUGUAUCGAAAUCUGGGGAACCAUCUGGAGUUCUGCUGGUGUAAGGUGGUCGGGAAAAUGCACAGUCCAGGCCAUUCGUCCGCACAGCAUACAGCGUGCGUGUGCGUAGACACUUCAGUAUUGAGGGCAUGCAAUUGCUGUCAACUAAACCAUUGCUCUGUGUGUGAUUGACUCAUCGCCUGUUGCAUUUGUGAAUCACAAAUACUUUCUUCAAAUAUAAAAAAUACAAAUUAACGGUAUGUCUGACA